AUGGCAAAUUCACUGGUUUCGUUCCUGGAAAGGAGAAAAAAAACAGCGGUGAAGGCGUCGGCACUGCUCCAGAAGUCAGAGGAGCAGAGCGAGGCCGAGCCCGAGGAGAAAAAGUCCGAGGAGGAGCAGGAGGCGCAAUCGGAGCAGGACAACGAGUGGAGAGUCUCCAGCGACGAGAGCGACGACCUGGCGAAGCUGUCGUCGACCUUCGGGCCCAACCUGGUGAAGGUGGUCCAGGUUCUCGACAACGGCGAGCUGGACGACCUAUCCAAGGAGACCCAGGAGAAGAAGACGCAGCAAGUGUGGAGCAAAGUCGAGGAAUCUGAGGAGGAGGCGGAGCCCGAGCCUGCGAAGCCGAAGGUGUGGGUCCCCAAGUACAAGGAGACCCAGAACCUGCUCAACUCGAGAAACGACGUCGACCUGGCCGAGUCGGUGAAGAUGUUUAACAAAACCGAGUCUCUGGUCUCCAAGAAGAAGAAGAAGAGCAAGCCGAAGUCGCUCCAGGAGCUCGAGGAGGAGGACAGGGACUUCGCCCUCGUGAAGCUGAAGUUCAACGUCUUCUCCCUGCUCGAUUCCAAGUACUCUGAGUUUAAGUCGGAGAAGCACUCGAUGGUCGACGACCUCGUCAAGUCCAAGUACCUGAACAGGGUGGUCUCGCAGUCGUAG